CCACAUGCAGGUGGGACCCAGUUUUAUAAAAGUACUGAUAUGGGCCCGUAGAAACUACAGAGAACUAAAGAUAUCUGCUUGAAAGCACUGCCCAAAAGCGACCACGAUGCUAUUUGUUGCGCAUAUCUUACUUUUAACAACAAUGGCGUUCUUCAUGACUGCUCAAACAGCUCCUUUAAGUAGGGAGCCCUUGGCCGACGCUCCAAAGAGAAAGGCGCCCGAGUUUCUCCUCAGCAUUUACUCUUGCAUAAAUCUCCACGACGAUGACACAGCUAGGACGUGCCUCAACUUCAUUGGAAAGAAGCAAGAAAAGAUUGAAGAGAUCAUUAAAGCAAAUGCUGUAUGGGGAUUUGUUGGAAUGAAUGGAUCAUCACAUAAUGAUAGUGACGUCAGUUUCAAAAUAACUCACACUUCAUCUUCACGCGAUGCGAAAGUCCUCUCUGCUGACCUCGAGCUAUUCAAAAAGUCCCUCAACGAAAGUGAGAUUGAGGAUUUAUCGACUGAGAAAUGCAACAUAUCAAAAGACGGGGUUAACUUAAAACUGAUACUAAACAAAGAGAUGAUUGACACUGUAACACUUACACCAUCUGAUCUCCGAGAAGACAAAUGGAUUGAUUUCCCUCCCAUUGAGAAGUGGUACAACAAAUGGCUAAAGAAGCAGAAUUCAUCCUUAACUAAUGAUGACUAUGUCCAUUUGCAGUUGGUGCUAUCACCAGAAUGCUCAACCCAUUUCUCUCUAAAGGAUAUAGGUGUAACAACAGCAGAAGGUUAUGAACCACUGCUAGUGAUAUAUGCUCAGAGUCCAAGGGAUGGUCUUGCUGAUCAGUUAUUUCACGAAAAAUUAAGUAACUACAUAAAGAGCAAGCGAUCUGCACAACCAACUGAGUCAACAAGCAAGAUUCAUCCAGUAAACAAAACCAUUCCUUGUCAUCUCGUAAAUUAUUCUAUACCAUAUCAGGUCAUAGGAUCUCCAGUUGCUGGUGGCUUUAAUCUUAAUUUCUGUGGUGGUCACUGCCUCUUUCCAUUGCCAGCCAACAACACAGUCAACCAUGCAAUGUUGGUAGCAUACAUUUAUGCUUCUAAUCAAGUUCCACUAAAACCUCCUCAGCCGUGCUGCACUCCAACUUCAUAUCUCUCUCUAGUAACUUUUAAGAAAGAGACAAGCACAACUUACAUAUUGGUAAAAUAUGAACAAAUGACAGCAGUGGCUUGUUCCUGUCGAUAGUUAUUUUACCUUCUUGCAUGACACUUGAUUCACAUGAUUUGCCCAUUCGUCAUUCUACUUUCACUUCUAUAUUAUAAUU